AUGUUGCGGGUGUUGGCGAGGAAUAAUCAUUUGAGGACAUUCACGUGGACAAAAAGGAAAGUUAAAACAUCAAAAGGUCUAUUUGGCAAUGAAUUACUCGAUGGGCCCGAGGGGUUUGUGGAAUUGAAUCGACAAGUCAGAAUAGCAUCCAAGGAAAUGAUUGAGAGAAUUGAGACAGGAAGUCAGGAUCGUCUCACAGUCAAAUUAUUUGAUGACCUCAGCAAUGAGAUUUGUUGCGCAGCGGACUUGGUAGAAUGCGUUCGUCAAAUGCACAGUGAUCCGAGGAUACAAAACGCUGCCGAGCAAAGCGCCCACGACUUUUGCGAUCUGGUCGAAUCGAUCAACACCCGAAAAACGCUUUAUGAUAAAAUCGUUUCGGCAAGAAAAGAUGAAUUGAAUAAAAUGGACGUAAUUGAUUUGAGAACACUCGAUCUUUUCAUUGAUGAUUUUCAACAAAGCGGAGUCCAUUUAGCCGAAAAUGAGAGGCAACAAUUCGUUAACUUGAGCACGGGAAUUUUCGUUGCUGGAUCGAAAUAUCAGGACCUUUGCGACAAACCGGUGGUCAUUUCAAAUGCGGAUCGAGCUCGUUAUGGCUUGUCGACGAACACAAUUUUCGGACCCAUCAGCAAUUCAACUGACUAUCAGAGACGAAGAUUUGCUUACUCGAUUUUCAUGCAACACAAUCCAGAACAAGAGCAAAAUCUACGAGAUUUGCUAAAGAAACGACAUGAAUUGGCCAUUUUAACAGGAUACGAUUCCUAUGCAAGCCGGGCUCAAUUCAAUACAAUUCUUGGCUCAUAUGAUGGAGUGAAAAAUUUUCUCGUGGGAUUAAUCGAGCAAUUACGUCCAGAAGUCGAUGAGGAGUUGAGGUUGUUGAAAGAAGAACGAAAGAAAUGCAAAUAUGAGCACGAAGAUGGUGAUCAAAUCGGUGUCUAUGACCUGCAUUUUCUUGGCUCAAGCUAUAAAAGUUCGAUCUUUGGACCGAAUUAUAUUAGCAGUAUAUCCCCUUUCUAUUCGACGGGAAACGUGAUGCGAGCCUUUGAAAGAAUCACUCAUUCACUUUAUGGAACGAAAUUUUGCUACGAAGAAGUUGAUUCGGACGAAAUUUGGCCUGGGUUGGUGUUCAAAAUCAGAGUCGAUGAUGAAAACGGGAACACACUUGGGAAAAUCUAUGUGGAUAUCGAGAAUCGGAGCUCGAAAGCGAUCGGUGAUUGUCAUUACACGGUUCAAUGCUCAAAAGAGUUGGCUGAUGGAUCAUGGCAACUUCCGAUCGUUGUUUUGUCCCUUUCAUUUACGAGUCAACAAUGGAAGAAUUGGAAAGAUGCGAUGUUGAGUGUGGGACAAGCUGAGAAUCUUUUUCAUGAAAUGGGGCAUGCGAUGCACUCGAUGUUAGGAAAAACGAAAUAUCAACAUGUGGCUGGUACUAGAUGUCCACAGGAUAUGGCCGAAAUCCCGUCAAAUUUAAUGGAGCAAUUCUUCUACGAUCCUCGUGUCAUGUCAACGGUUCUUGAAAAUCAGAGUUUAAAGAUUUCGAUUGAUCAGCUCAAAGUAUUAACUGCGUCUCGAUCGGCUUUUACAGGGAUAGAACUCGCACAACAGGCGUCUUGUGCUCUGGUUGAUCUUGAACUGCAUGGAAGUAAAGCUGCCGAGAUUGUUGCUGGAGGAAGUUCGACUGAAUUGGGACAAAAGAUCUCCACUUGGGCAACACCGGGGAUCGCAUAUCCCGAGAACUAUGCUUGGCAGCAUCGUUUCCAUCACCUUGUUCAAUAUGGCGCUCGUUAUUAUUCAUAUUUGGUUGCUCGAUCGGCGGCUUCUCUUGUCUGCAAUCAACUCUUUUCAAAAGAACCACUCGAUCGGGAAAAUGGAGUACGAUGGGCAAAAGCACAAGCACAUGGUGGUGGGAUUCAUCCUCAAGAAAUUCUCAAAGAACUUCUCGGAUCUCGUGUUGACAGUUCUUCAUUGAUCGAAGCGAUACGAAAAGAAGUUGUUGAAUCUAGAUUAAAAAGCCCCGAUCACCGAACUUUUGAAAAGGGCAUGGAUCAAGAGGGUAUUUUGAUGUGGAAGAAACUGGAGAUCUUGGCGGGAAAUUGGACGGUUUUUCAGUUCGUUUGGAAUGCACCGAUUCAGAUGAUCGUCAAUCCGAUUGAAGGUGACGCCGAUUUGUAUCUCUCAUAUAGUUCACCGGAAAUCUCCUAUUUUCUGGGGGAUCACAAUACAUCAUCGACAUCGUGUGGGGUCGAUAUACUUGAUGCGCCCAAAGUUGGACCAUUUAGCUCCAGGCCUGUGUACUUUGGGAUUUACGGCCACCCAUCGAGUCCUCGUACAAUUUACGACCUCUACAUAAUCAUCAUGAAUAACGAAACGGAGAUUAUGGCCGAUUAUGCCGAUGUUAAAAAGAAAAUCGCCGAGCACACACCGGACGAUUCAGAUUGGGAUUCUCUUGGUCACAUUUUGUCGAUAAUUUUCGAAGUGUUUUUAGAGAUUUUACACGCAAUUUUGAUGCCAGCUAUCGAAAGUAACUCCUCGUCGGAGCUGAUAUUCCAAAAUUUUGCGAAAGGUCUCAGCGGCCACUUUUUGAGCGAACGAACGUCAGCCGUUUGCUCAUCUCCACAACUCAUCCGCGACAAUCCGACUCCAUUUUUCGUGAACAAAGUCGUCGUUCAGCUCUCAUCGCUUUUCAAAGAUGAUGCACAUAAUGCAAAUGUUGUUCGAUUUGCGAUUGUGAACGCACUCGCUGAAUGCAAAGCCCAACUAGCGCACGUUUUCUCGGCAAAUUCGAUCAUCGACAAUGUCUUAGUUGUCUCACACAGUACGGACAUCGAGGCCCGUUCUCUCACUCUUCAAAUGCUCGCAAGUCUCGCUCCGGUGGCCAAAGAUAAUAAACAAGUCCACCAUUUGGUCGUUGAGUCUUUAUUAUCGUCCCACAUUGAAGAGUUUUUCUCAGCCAUCAUCGCACUCAAAGAAUAUGUGAAAUUAAGCACUGACAUUUGUGAUAUGGUUGUUGAUCGAAUGAGUAUGAUGUUGCUAUCACAACUGACACCCGAGGAACGCAAGAAACAACUCAUUUCCGUCAUUGGAUCAAUGAGAUCCUCUUUGCAAACCACUCAAUCGAUGUUCGCCGUAUGUAUUCGACUCAUUAAAGAUGAGGUACUCGUACCGGAGCACUCAGAAAUGCUCAUGGAUUCGAUGACCGAUCUAGCGAUAGCCACUCGUUUUACGAUACCUGAUCAAAUUUCAUUUCUUCUCGAUGAGCUCGUGAAUUGUAAAAUCACGAGUUUCUACAUUUGUGCUUUGAGAAACAUUCGACAUUUGGCGCAUCACGCACACAUGUGGGAUAAAGAAGCGAUUGAGAAAUUGUGCCACCGCCAAUCUGUUCUCCCAUCAGCUCUUCCUCUUCUCAUUCUUGAAUAUCUUCGCGUAUUGGAAGUGAUAGCGAAAAAUGCCCUACCCAAUCACAUUGAUCUGCUAAAAAAUUCUGUAAUUGAUCUUUCUUCAUACUAUGGGCAUACGCAUUUGGCUGUCCGCAUCUCGUUUAUGAGCUUAUCGACAACAGUUCUUGCAAUUGGUCCAGUCAAUUCACAACAUAUGAAGUUGCUUCUUAACGCUUUUCUCACGACCCUUCCACUUGAAAUGGAGAAAGGAUUGUUGAAAAAGUUAUGUCGCGCGAGCAUCCAUCUCAUUCGUGAUUGUGGAAUCGAACAGUCGAAUUUGUGGGAAUUACUCGGUUUAAUCUGUUCCCUCCCAUCAAAUCAUCAAUCACUUGGUGUUUUUCUCGAAUUAUUCGCUCAACUCUCCGACACGAUGACUGAAGUGGUUGCACCAAUUGCGGAAUGGGCUGACAAAAUGAUACAAAAAGGACUUGCGGAUGAAUGGACGAAAAAUGAUUGGAUUGCUUAUCGAGUGGCUUUGUUGGCGAUGAGAACGGGACACUUGCGCGAUGUGGCUUUUCAGUUACUUGAACAAAUUGAUAGACAGAAUCUCAGCCCAUCAUCUCUCUAUUGGAUCCAAAUUCUUCGUCUCAUUUGUCUCUCACAACCAAAAGAAUUCUCAAUUGCUGAGGUUGAUAAAGCGACAGAAUCCCUCAGGCAGGCUAAUCAAAUCAUAAAAAAACUUGUGAUCGGCUCGUUUGCACCAAAAUUUCUCUUUGUUUCUCGAUUCAUCACUUCGUUUCUCUCGACACAGAUGAUUUAUGGAAUAUUGUUAGGAGGACUUGGUCAUUUCCUUGUUGGCACCGAAUUGUUGACGAACCAAGAAGCAUGUGAGAAAGCGCUACAAGUGUUGAAAGUUGCUCAGAGAUGUGCCCGUUCUGCUGUCGAAAUGUGGGGAUCGCUCUCGAAAAUGUGUUUUGCGGCGGAUAUUAGAUCAUUAGAUGCCCUCCAUAUGCUUGGUUCUACGGCUUCACUACUCAACUAUGGUCUUCAAGCCAUAAUAUCGAAUGAAGAACCUGCCCCCGUGAAGAUUCCUUUAUUGGACUCAACGUGUACAGUGAGAUUUCGACAAUGGCAAUUAUUGGAAUGGGCAAAAACGAAUUUCGAAAUGUUGACGAAGGUACAAACGAGCGAAACACAUCGAAUAAAUGAACAAUCGAUCAAUCAUUUGAUGACCGUCGUGAAGUCUUUGUGCAUGCAUCGAUUGGGAAUGCCCAAAUAUCUCUUCUAUCAGAAAUGCCAAUUUGAGAUUAAGUUAUCCGUGACGCCUGGGACUUCUGGAGAAUAUCACGCUUCGCCGAACAGUCCAAUUCCAUUCAAAGUUACCGGUUUGAUCUUGACAAAGGGACCGAUCGUUCCAAUUGAGACGGUCAUCGUUACAGCCAUCGUGCAAUUUGCUGGAUUAGCUGGGAACGAUUGCGAGCAAUCGCAAACGGUGAAUCUCAAAGAAAAGGACUAUUUCAACGCGAAUUUCUUGCUUCAAUUUAACCAAAAUUGUUCUGUUCAUUUCUUCGUCGAAUUUGUUGAUUCGGAGCGUCGACAAAAUUGGAAAAAAGAUCAAAAAAAAGUAAACGAUGAGAUGAAAAUGGAGGAUUCGGAUGAUGAGAGAAACGAGGUCAUUUCACCGAAAACCGCCGAGAAAAUGGCGAAAGAAAUGGACAGGAAAAGGCCCGGAUCACAGGGUGAAAACGGUGAUGGAUUAACGAGAAGACCGAGAGGAAGACCGAGAAUAUAUGGGAUGAAUCGAGAAGAGAUAAAUGAGAAAAAGGGAAAAGAGGAGAAUGGAGACAGCGAGCAUGCUCUCCGUUCCGACCAAGAUUCUCCAAUCGAUCCAUCAUUGCACGAUUUCGCCGAUGGGACAAAACGACGAAAAUAUGCCCCGAAUUUGGCAAAAGAUGAUCCGAAAUAUUUGGACAUGAGAAGAGCGAACAAUGAAGCCGUGAAAAGGAAUAGAGACAAAGCGAAGAGGUUACAAAUGUUAAAGGAUCAAGAAUUGGAGAGACUUCGUCAAACGGUGAUUACAUUAGAAAAAGAAUUAUUGGAAGAAAAAGAUCAAAACAAACGCUUGAAUGCACAAAUUGAUACGUAUAAACAAAUAUUGGAUGCAUUUGCAUCGACAAGACCGCCAAAUGUACAA